AUGAAUGCAAGAGUGAAUGAUAUGGAUACGCGCACCCAGGAUGAUGGCAAACCAGAAACCACCUCUGGCUCCCAAACAGAUCACUCACUUACCGCUUCAGACUCCAACGACACUGAAGUCCCCCUAAUCCCACCUGCUCGUUUGUGGGGCCUUUGUGUUGGAGUCCUUCUAGGCCUGUUCCUGUCUAUGAUAGACACCUCUAUCGUUGCAACAAGUCUACACAGUAUCGGAGUCGACUUUGAGGUCCUCGAGGACGUCAAUUGGGUUGCUCUUGCAUACACUCUUGCAUAUCUCGGAUGCGCCAUCGUCUUCGCUCGUAUAUCCGAUAUUGUUGGACGUCGGGAUGCCUUUAUCGCAGCCUAUAUUAUUUUCUUCAUAUUUUCCCUUGCCUGUGGUUUUGCACAGAGUAUUAACCAACUCGUCGCCUUUCGUGCUCUACAGGGCAUCGGAGGUUCAGGACUGUAUUCUCUCACGAUGAUCAUGCUGCCUGAAAUCAGCCCAGAUAGUAUGAAGCAGCACAUAGCGGCUCUGGUAGGCUUGGUAAUUACCAUGUCGGGUGUCCUUGGCCCUGUCCUGGGUGGUAUCUUGACACACUAUGCUUCAUGGAGAUGGGUAUUUUGGAUCAAUGGCCCUGUUGGUUUUGUCUCUCUAGUCAUAUUUGUCUUGACUUGGCCCAAACCGGAAUACCUACCAUCACAAGAACGACGUGCUUGGAAAGAACUUGAUUUUCUUGGAUCCCUCCUUGUUAUUGCUGCAGCAGUUCUGGUCGUUUUCUCGUUUCAGAAUGCUGGCACAGAAAGAUCUAACGAUGGGUGGAAAGCUUCCAUUUUCAUUGCACCCCUGAUCUGCGGCCUGCUUGCAUGCGGUCUACUCAUUGCUUGGCAAAUCCUCAUUCAGCAUCGAUGGCACGAUCGGUUUGCUCCCGCAUUCCCAAUCAACAUCUUUCGCAACAGGGUCUACUCUACUGCCGUUGCCAACACCCUCCUCAACGGCUUUCCUUACUUGUUGCUAAUCUAUGCCAUCCCCCUACGCUUCCAAGUUGUUAGUGGCAAGUCUGCUCUCAUCUCGGGAGUCAUGUUGCUUCCCAUGUUGGGGACAGCCGCCAUUGGCAGUCUUUUAGCAGGCAAGAUUAACGCCACCAGGAACUACACUUUUGAGUCAUUGGCACUUGGCUCAAGUGUAAUGACGAUCGGCUGCGGAUUGCUCACGUCGCUGUCACAUGAGCCCAAUGAUGCAAAACUUCUUGGUUACAUGACAUUUUGUGGUCUUGGUUUUGGCUUAACAGUCGCGUCUUCGACAAUGCUAUCAACGGUAGAGGUACCCAUUAGGGACUACGCUCCCGCACAGGGUAUUCUCUCUCAAGUUCGGCUCUUGGGUGGUAGCUUGGGCAUUGCAGCAUCAUCGGCCUUGUUGAACGAGAAGAGCUCAAAGUAUCUUUCGGGCGUUCUUACGGCCUAUGAGCAAGCAACAAUUGGUGGCUCUAACACACAUCUCACUAGUGCACAGUGGUCAGCUGUCCGCUAUACCUACGCUGAUGCAUUUCAGGUAGAGAUGAAGAUAGCGACAGUAGUCGCAGCUUGCUCAGUCAUAUCCGCAUUUGGUGCCUUCCGAAAAGGGCGUCUUUUGAUAGCCGAGCAAAGGAAGAUAAUUGUUAGAGAAGAGGAAGACCGCCGACGUGCACAAACGGCACAGGUUGUAUAG